AUGAAAAAAUUCUUAAAUUUUGAUUUAUAAAGAUCAAGUUAUGCAAAUCCAGUGAUGAAGGAAUUUGCUUAAUUGAGUUUAUUAAAAAAGAUAGAGAGUAGAAAAUUAUUGGAGGUAGCAGAAUUAGGGUAGAGAUGUUAUUCAAUUGAGAAGAAUGAUAAUAAAUGGUUGGAAUAGAUUUCUGAUUGUUUUGAACAUUAUAAGAUUGAAUUAUAGAGAGUAGGAAAUAUGUUAAAAUAAGCAGAAUAUGAGAUGAUGCAGAUUGAGGUAAAAUAGUUGCACUCCUCCAAAUAUAGGAUGAAUUUAUGACGAAAGAGAUGAAUUGCUAUAGCUUAGUAAGUGAAUUCGAGAUGGAAUCAUGCAUUAAAGAUUAUAAAUUAUAAUGUUUAAAUUAGAAACAAAAAGUACUUGAUAGGAUUAAUGAAUUAAAUUGAGUAUAUAACAAAUCAUGCAUAUCGCCAUAAUCUCU